AACUCUGAGAUUUUAUCGACAGACAGUGUCGGUUUAUUUUUAAAGAUCGCAUCCUGCCUGCUUCUAAAAGCCGUGUUGAUUUUUCCAUGCUGAAUCACACAGACAACGCGGUCUGCUGUUUUGAGUUUCAUUUCUCUUGAAACAGAAAAAAAAAAAAAAAGGUUCUUGAGAAAUAGAUCUUAAAACUGAAAUCUGCUUUGCUGGUCUGUACUUCUUGUUCACUACUUGUUGUAAUCAUGAAAAACCAGGACUCCGAGAGCAAGGAGCAGCAGUGUGCUGAGGACACAGUCCAAGCCAGUGGCGGUGCAGCCCAGGAACCCACUGUGGAUCCUGAGAUGACAUCAAACCAUGAGAUUGAGACCAGCCCCAGCCAGCCUGGUACCACACCGCCGGAGAAACACCCAGCCGAGAGUCAGACUCCAGACACUGAAACAAAAAAUGGGGCUGUGGAAGGCCUCUGUCUGCCCGGAGGCAGUGAUAUGGCCGAGGAGCUGAGCAGGAAGCUGGAGGACAUUCUAAACACCUACUGCCUGGAGGGCGAGGACGGGGUGCAGGCUGAGCCCGUCGAGGCAGAGGAGGCAGAGAAGGGCGGAGCAGAGUCCCCCCAGAACGGGCUGCCAUGCGUGGAGGUGAACGGACUCACCCACAGAGACGAGAGCAGGGCUGAGGUGGUGUUCGUAGAGGAGCCCAAGAUAAACAGCAGCACUGGGGAGAAGGAGCAGAAGAAGCCACAAGAGAAGAAGAAAGCCAAAGGACUUGGAAAGGAGAUUACACUGUUAAUGCAAACUCUGAAUACUCUGAGCACUCCAGAAGAGAAGCUUGCUGCGCUUUGCAAGAAAUAUGCUGAACUGUUGGAAGAACACAGGAAUUCCCAGAAGCAGAUGAGGCUCCUGCAGAAGAAGCAGAACCAGCUGAUCCAGGAGAAGGAUAACCUGCGGAACGAGCACAGCAAAGCCAUCCUCGCCCGCAGCAAACUGGAAGGGCUGUGCAGGGAGCUGCAGAGACACAACCGCACGCUGAAGGAGGAAGGUGUGCAGCGCACCCGCGAGGAAGAGGAGAAGCGGAAGGAAGUGACCUCGCAUUUCCAGGUGACCCUGAACGACAUCCAGGUGCAGAUGGAGCAGCACAACAAGCACAACGGCAAGCUGCGGCAGGAGAACGUGGAGCUGGCAGAGAAGCUCAAGAAACUCAUCGAGCAGUACGAGCUUCGAGAGGAGCACAUCGAUAAGGUGUUCAAGCACAAGGACCUGCAGCAGCAGCUGGUAGAUGCUAAACUGCAGCAAGCACAGGAGCUGCUGAAGGAGUCCGAGGACCGGCAUCAGCGAGAGAAAGACUUUUUACUGAAGGAAGCAGUGGACUCGCAGAGGAUGUGUGAACUGAUGAAGCAACAGGAGGUCCACCUCAAGCAACAGCUCUCUUUGUAUACAGAAAAGUUUGAAGAAUUCCAAACCACUCUGUCUAAAAGCAAUGAGGUGUUUACAACGUUUAAGCAAGAGAUGGAAAAGAUGACAAAAAAGAUAAAAAAACUGGAGAAGGAGACCACCAUGUAUCGCUCCAGAUGGGAGAGCAGCAACAAGGCUCUUCUGGACAUGGCAGAAGAGAAAACUCUUUGCGACAGAGAAUUCGAGGGCCUUCAGGUGAAGAUUCUGCGACUGGAGAAGCUGUGUAGGGCGCUGCAGAUCGAACGCAAUGAGCUGAGUAAAAAAGUGCAGAGUCUGAGCACGCAGGCGGGCCUGCAGGGCGGCGCUCUAGCCACGCACGGGGCACAGUCCUGCCCGGGGCACGGCUGCUGUGAACCCCCAGAGAACCAAGAGACUUCUACCUGCUCCGAGACCACGGAGCUUCCCUGCCUCCAGACCUGCAGCUGCACAGGAGAGCAGAGUGAAGAGCCCGAGGAGAGAGCGGGUGACCUGCACACAGAGGAGUAGCCCUGCUUGUGUACCAGCCACGCAGGGACCCAGCAAUGUGUUACUUGCCUGGUACAGUGUGAUGUCAUUUAUCAUGGGGCGGGGGGUGACAAAAUGUGACCAGUGAUUUAAGAUGGGCUUUCAGUAGUUCUCCACAAAACCACUUAUUUUUUUAAUUUGGACACAUUCCCCAGAUUCUUUGUAAGCAGCCUCAGAGAUUUCAGAAUGAAUGUCUCCAUUCCUUUUUAUAACUAAUAACAAAGUUGACAAUGAAGAUUAUUAUUAUUAUUAUUAUUAUUAUGUAUAGAUAUAAUUAACCUAUCUAAUGUCAUUCCAUGACAAGCUUAGAAAUGACCAUUAGCCUGGCUUCCAGUCCUGGGGUUCAGAACUACUGUCAUCUCUGUAUGUUGCUGUAUUUAGAGUAUGGUGUGUAAGGAAUUGGUGCAGUCUGAUCCCUGGUAAUGUUCUCUGGUUGUCUUCUGUAGCAGCUGCGCAGAUAACUAACUGGUAAACCCUUACCUGAGGCUUGUGGUUUAGCACCAUGGUGAUUUUAACGCUGUGUUUGCUGUAUUAACACUCAGGUUUAGUCGGGACCUCUACGCUCAGGUUUCUUACACAUAUACAGUAACCCAUGCAUACCAAACCCUGAUCAUUGUAAAACCAGGGACUGGGUGAUGGGAGGUAACUAAUCAUAAACCUGCUUCUUGGUCAUUCCAGCUACAUGUCUUAAGGUUUGUUCUUUUGUUUUUGGCUGUAUAGUUACCAGUAUCUUUUGAAGCAUCCUUGGUAUAUAUUUUUUAAUGCUUGUUUCUUAUUAUUUUGAGCACUUGUAUCCAGAUUUCCAAAUCAAAAACAAACAGCAAAAAGAUCCAGGUUAUAUGUGCAUCGACUAUUAAAAAUGUAUGACAUCA